AUAAAGCAGGGAAGGAAGAGGAUGAAAGGCGAAAACGAUAACAAAGAAAAAGAAAAGGGAAGGAAAAAGAGAGACUCGUUUCCCCUCCCGAGUCAUAUCUCAUUCGAGGUUUUGCUCUCUCUCUCUCUCUCUCUGCGGGGCUUCUUCCUCUCCGGCUCUCCUUGUCCGAAAGGAUCAGUCAAUGGCUCUCUCCGACCGCUCCCUCUUCUUCGUCUUAAGUUAGGGUUUAGGGUUUUCUUCCUCUUCUUCCAGCUCCCUUUUUUCCCCCAAAAUCCGCUUUCAUUAGAUACCCAUUUUGGGGCCAGUUGCUGACAAUCGAAGCAGGCGAUUUACGGGCAUCCUUCGUUCCCUCCCAUCUAUUGUGCCGUCGAUCUGCUGAUGGACUCUACCAGAGAGCCAUCGUCGUCCUCACCGGUAACGCCCUCUCAGUCUCCGCCGGAGGAAGAUGGCAUCCUAUCCACCGCGUCCGGCAUGGCCAAGGAAGCUGCCCUCCUCUUCCAGUCUCAUCGUUACCAGGAAUGUGUUGACGUCUUGAACCAAAUCUUCCAGAAGAAGGAAGACGAUCCCAAGGUUGUUCACAAUAUUGCGGUCGCAGAAUACUACAGGGAUGGCUGUUCUGAUCCCAAGAAGCUUGUUGAAGUGCUUAAUAAAGUCAAAAAAAGAAGUGAAGAUCUUGCUCGUGCAUCUGGAGAACAAACAGAAGCAGUUAGCAAUUCUGGAUCUAAAGGAAGUAUGAACAAUGCGUCGCACCAAUCUACAAAUUCCAAUUCCAUCGAUUUUUUGUAUGCAGAUGACUUUGACACUUCAAUAGCGACACUUAAUAUUGGAGUUGUAUUGUACAACUUGCAAGAAUAUGCACAGGCUUUAUCUGUCCUGGAACCAUUAUAUCAAAAUAUAGAACCUAUAGAAGAGACAACAGCUCUCCACAUUUGCCUUCUCAUACUAGACAUUGCCUUGGCUUGUCAUGAUGCAUCAAAAGCUGCCGAUGUAAUCCAUUAUUUGGAGAAAACAUUUGGUGUUGGCUGCAUGACAAGUCAAGGAGAUAAUGGCAGUACACAAUCUUGUCAGCCUUCAACUCAAGCAGCAAAAACUGCCCCCAUGCCAACCAACUUGGUUUCUGUUGAUGUUUCUAAUCUGGACUCUGGUGUCGGUACAAAUGCUUCUGAAAGCUCAUUGGUUAGAACAUUAUCAGAUGAGACAGAGUAUGAAAACCUUUUCUCGUCGUUGGAUAUUGGUGGCCAAACCUUGUCAAAGUCUACAGCAUCAAAUGACAUAGGUCGAUCAACUGAAAGAUCCUCAGCUGUAAUUGAUCUGAAGCUCAAGCUGCACCUUUACAAGGUCCGACUCCUAUUGCUUACUAGAAACCUGAAAGCAACAAAACGUGAAGUGAAGUCAGCCAUGAACAUUGCACGUGGCAGGGAUUCGUCAACUGCUUUGCUUUUGAAAUCCCAGCUCGAGUAUGCUCGUGGUAAUCACCGAAAGGCAAUCAAACUUCUAAUGACUUCUAUCAAUAGGACAGAACCAGGAAGUUCAAGCAUCUUCUUCAACAAUCUUGGCUGUAUAUACCAUCAUCUCCGAAAGCAUAGCACAUCAAUCUUUUUCUUUUCAAGGGCAUUAGAAAGCAGUCUAUCGAUGAGGUCUGAGAGGCCUCUGAAGGUUGCAUCCCAGGAUAAGUCUUUUCACAUUGUUUACAACUGUGGCUUGCAGUACCUGAUUUGUGGUAAGCCAGUUGUUGCUGCUCAGUGCUUUCGGAAGGCCAGUCCUAUGUUUUAUAACCAGCCAUUGUUGUGGCUUCGCCUUGCUGAAUGCUCCUUAUUGGCACUUGAGAAGGGACUGCUCAAAUCUGAUGGGCUCUCUGUUAAUGGUGAAGAAGUUAAUGUGCAUAUUGUUGGUGAUGGGAGAUGGCGUCAGCUCAUUGUAGAAGACGCAGGUGCGAGAGUUAGAAAUUUGGACUCUUUAAAAGAGGUUGAUCUCUCGAGUGGUGAUGGGCAGUGCAAACUCGCACUUCCAUUUGCUCGUCAAUGUCUCUUAAAUGCCCUGCAUCUGUUGAAUAGUCUUGAUUCAGCGUUAAUGAAGAUCACUGCAGUCUCUGGUUCAGGUGAAGAAGAAUCCAGCCAAGGAUUGUCAACUGCCAUGAAGAACUCAAGUCAGAGAAUCUCAGCAAAUAUGGACACCAAGACAUCAAACAUGAUUGCCACUGCUGCUGGGGCAAAUGGAGACUCAAAGGAAUCUAAGGGGAGUGCUAGUUCUUAUGUGACCAUUCAGAACUCUGUUUUUGCUUACGAUAAUUUGCGUAGAAAAGAGUAUCUCAUGAUAAAGCAGGCUGUGUUAGCUGACCUAGCAUUUGUGGAGCUAAGCUUGGAGAAUCCUUUGAAGUCACUAGCAGCUGCAAGAGCUCUUCUGCAGCUACCUGAUUGUUCUGCUAUAUAUGCAUUUCUUGGCAGCAUAUAUGCAGCAGAAUCUUUAUGUCGCCUAAAUCGGCUCAAAGAGGCAGCUGAACAUCUGUCUGUGUACGUGUCAGAGGGCAUAGAUGUAAGAUUGCCCUUUAACGAUGAAGAUAGCAAGAAAUGGAGAAAUGAGAAGGAUGUAGAUGUUGAAGAACCAAGCAAUGCGGCAGCCUCCAAAAGCAUUGCUGGAUCUGGAAACAGCAACACUGAUGAAAGCAUUGUGUUUAUGUCUGCAGAGGAGGCCCGUGGGGCAUUAUUCGUUAACCUUGCAGCCAUGUCAGCUAUGCAAGGCAAUCUGGAGCAGGCUCAUAAGUUUGCAUUGCUUGCUGUGUCUGCGAUCCCAUCCAACCCAUCGGCUGUACUUUCAGCUGUUUAUGUGGAUCUCCUUCUUGGAAAAGCACAAGAUGCCAUUGCCAGAUUGAAGCAGUGCAGGCAUCUUAGAUUUUUGUCCCCUGGUGUAACACUGAGCAGACCUAGAUCUUAGAUUGUUGGGUUCAUCAGUUCUGUUCCUUUACUGAGAGCAGGGCCUUUCAGUGCUUGUAACAUAUCUUUGGAAGAGUUGGUAGAAUAAGGUAAUGCUUAUUGUUUCAGGGUUUUGGUGGCAUGACCAAAUGUUUUGGUUAGCGAUGCCCACCCGUUUUUCUUCCUCCAUAGUCCAAGAGAUGUAUUUCAUCAAAUUCAGUUUCAUCGAUGUUACUGGUAGAUUCAAAGUUCAACAAAGAUGUGUUUUUGUUUGUUAAA